GGGUAUCUGCAACGCCCCCGCGACCUUUCAGCGGACCAUGAACAUGGCUUUUCAUAAUUUCGUGAGAAAGACUCGUUUGGCACAGAGCAUCAUCAACUACUGCGUGAUUGUGUACAUGGAUGAUAUCUUGGUGUAUUCGGGUUCCUACGAGGGACUCGUGCAGCACAUCGAAUGGGUACUGCACGCGUUACGAGAUGCGGGCUUCAAGGUGGCGCUUGAGAAGUGUCAGUUUUUCCUCACCACCAUUUCCUUCCUAGGGCACGUGGUGACAGACAAGGGACUCCAGCCGGAGCCUCAGAAGGUGGCAGCUGUCAGGGACGCACCAAUGCCUACAACUAUCAUGCAAGUUCGCGCCUUUCUGGGCCUGGCCUCGUACUACCGAAGAUUUACCAAGGGCUUCGCGGCGAUUGCGGGACCCCUCACGAAUCUGUUGCACAAAGAUCAACCGUUCAUCUGGACACCGGAGUGCGAUCAAGCGUUUUCCAAACUCAAGGCCGCUCUCAUUUCGGCUCCGGUCCUUAUAAGACCCGAUCCCGAAAAGCAUUUUGUUCUCAUCACUGACUGGCGGUCAGAGGCAAUUUCAGCGAUCCUUGCCCAGGUGGGACCAAGCGGACUCGAGAGUGUGGUGGAGUAUGCCUCCAAAUCGGUGCCAGCUUACAAGCGCAACUACGCCGCUCCAACAGGGGAAUGCUACGCGGCUCUCUGUGGAAUCAGCCACUUUCGCGCUUACCUGUACGGGCGAAAGUUCACCUUGGUAACUGAUCAUGAGCCCCUGUUGGCUCUGAAGAAAUUGAAGGAUUACUCUGGCAUGAUCGGGCAAUGGGCAACGAUGCUGCAUCCUGCGUGGAUCGAAAAUCCGGAGCUGCUAAUCAUCCAAGCUUGGAGGACUAACGUGGAGGGCGAUCUUCUUGGCUUUCUCUUUGGAUCGGUACAGUCAGGGCGCUGCCAGCUGAUUGCGCAGGAGCUCAUCGCACCGAUCGUGCAAUUGGCGGACGAUCCAUCGCCCGACAUUUAUUCACAGAGUGACGACAGUCCUGCUCCGUACAUUUUCGAGCGAUCAUUGGAUCCGUACCUUCAGUGGACUGCGUGCUUGGAAGAACCUAGGGACGAGGAUACGCUACCAUCGCGGCAGGAGUAUCUGAAGCCGUACGAUAUCAUCCCUCACGCCUUCUAUCCGAGGGCAGAGGAAGUGGUGAUCGAUGACGACGACGACGAGGAGGAAGAAGAAACUGGAUCUGAGUGGGAAGCCUUGCCGGAGGAAGCGACGCGUACGGGAACGGAGGCGGAAGAUCCGCAAGCGGCGCAAAAGCGCGAAGAAAUUGCCACCGGGAAGUGCCAGCUGGAGUUCGCCAGCGAAGUUAGCCUGCGCAUCAGUAACAAUCCGACCAGGGAUCCAGAGCCGCCGAAGCCCGAAGAUAGCAACCCUGCAGCCGCCACCUCAAGUACCGCGCGACGGAGACGAAGCCGAUCCCCCUCCUCCUCCAGCCCCACCCGUUCCCCAGUUCGCCCACGUACCGAUGCGGGGGAUAGGCCUUCGUCCUCGGACGCUGUCCCGCCGAACCCUUGAUUUCCUCACCCUCGAGCAGAUCCGUACCCCCGUCACCUUCCCUUCCCAUCCCUUCCUUCCCCAUCUCUUCCACGACUUCUAUUCUAACCGCCUACUCG